AUUUUACCAAGCAGUGCUGUAAAGUAGGCAAAUGUUUGUAAUCAGCUGUUUCUCCCACGUGCCGCUGUGUUUAUAAAAGUAUUUUGCAAAACAAUGAAGCCGAAACCGCAAAAGAACCAAGGCAAAUUUCACAAAAAACCUGCAAGAGCAGAUCAAAAGCAGAAGCCCAACUUCAAGCAAAAGGACAAGAUAAAACUGCAGAAGUCGGACAACAAACCAAACAAACCUGAAAUACGGAAUAUGAUACGGAAACAAAAGGCUGCACAGGCGCAGGCGGAACGUGAAAAGAUCAAGGCCGAAAAGGAGGCACGUAUCAAGGCAUACAAGAAGCAACGCCUGGAGAAGACCAAAGUCAUCAGCAAGCGCACACAGCGUGGCCAGCCCCUGAUGAAGGAUCGUAUGCAGUUGCUGCUCAAGCAAAUCGAGGAGAUGAAGGGACGCCAAUGAUAAGGACACUCAGGCUCUUCUCUCCACACAGCCC